AUGAAAUGGACACAUAGCAUUCUCCAGGAAGAGAACUUUGUCAAUGAAUGCAGAGCCAUUGAACAAGCGCGAUCGUUAGCUUUUGAGCUUGGGGUUUACGACGGCGUUCAUGGUCCUCAUCUUGGCGAAGUGCGCACAUCAGAAUCUCGUCCAUGCCGACCUGUGAGAAGAUUAGGGGUUCAUCCUUUCACAGACAUCUUCAUCGGCAGUGAGAACGACCUUACUAUGUAUUCCACCAUUGUUUUGGAAUCCUGCCUUGGACAUGGACAGAUGCCAUGGGCAGCGGGGCUUCUGAGAGGAGGAGAGUUCUCUACCAUCAUGAAGCCAGAAGAUGAUUCAGCAUCCUCAUUCAGCGCUGUGUUUCUGCCAGAACACAUCAUGCCUACACUACAUGUUCCCAUUGUAGCAGUUCCCAAAGGUGAUCCAAUUCAGAUGAAACCGAAUCGACAAGAAGAUCCACAAAUGUUAGACCCGUCUGAUGGCUCUGAAGGCGAACAUCCACCAGGUCGGCAAAGAGAUCCUCACAGACCACCAUUGCGGUUCUUUCCUGCCUGGGUUACCCAAUUGUGGGAUUUACUACAAGCCGAAGGAGCAGUUGAGAUGGAAGAGGAAGGUCCAGUUUUGUAUUUGCAGUCCUUCUACAUCAGUCACCGGCAUCACCCUCACCAACACAUUUCUCGACCAUUGCGCAUUGACCGAGAUUAUGUGGAUUGGGAGAGAGAUUUCCGUUUUGUCUGGGAAGACUUUGUAGAUGAGAAUGCACCAAUGGACAUUCAUCUGGUACAGCCUGAGCACCCUCUUCCAGUUACAAGAGGCGUUGCAGCAACAGUGCUGCUCACACAACAUCCUGUUCCCCGUCAAGUUGCUUGUGUUGUUUCUGCGAUGUAUGACGAUAUUCCUACAACCAGAAGAGUUGAGUCGGCACAUUCCCUUGGACAUCUCACCUCUCCCAGGGACUUCCUAUGGCAUGCAGGAGCUCUACAAGCUUGCGAAGAAGUACAACAACAAGGAUAUGGAUUCUGCACUAUCAAAGCUGGUCCUUUCGAGUUUGAUCAGACCAGACCGAUGCGCCUGGUAGAUGGACUUGGCAUUGUGGUCCGCAUCCCUCCAAGGCUUACGGACCAAGAGUGGGAAGAUAUCUUCUGUUCGCGAUUUCGUGCAGAUCCUGUGCCUCAGAUGCGCUUCCCAGAAGAUGAUGAUGCCGUACAUUUCAUGGCACGCUCCAGUGCCCAGUUAUUUGCAACAUACCAAGCAGCUAGUUCAUCCUCCACCACCAGAAGCAGGUCUGCAGCUUCCUCAGACCAAUCCAAUGUGGAUGAGGGAGAGAACUGGCGUUUAGCGAUUGUCUACACCGUAGAUGGACAAGCAGUACAAGUUGAUGUGCCCUGGACAGAUGCUCACCUUCGGGUUCAAAAGAUUGCGCAGGCUUUCUCCAUCCCAGAAGAGCAAGUCACACAGGUCUAUCAUGUAGCGGCUACUCCACAAGAUCUGGCACAAGAAGAACUUGAGUGUUUUCUUCUUCAACGAGAACAGGACGUACCCAGCUCGACGCUGUUACGCCUGAUCUUGGUUGACAUUGAAUACCGUCCAGAUCAUCGUGGUGCUGCAAUGCGGAUUGUACGCAGAGGUUUUUGGCUUCCACACAGGAGCAAUGCCAUCUCAAUCAUCAGACUUUUGGGGUAUGAGGGACAUUGUUCUCCCCGAUACAGGAGAUGUUCUCUUUGGCACAACCACCAUGUGAUUGACAUUGAAGCCAAUCAUCUCUUACAGCUCUCCCAUGGAGACUAUGUCAGAUUUCAUCUACCAUGGAGCCCGGACGAUGACAUGGACUAUCUCUUUGGUCAAGAAUGUCAACCUGCAUCAGAGGAACAUGCUGCCUUAUUCCAAGUACAGGCGAGCAUUAUUAUCACUGAUGGAGGUCAUUUUUCUGGAGCUUCGGCGCCGCACUGUCCCAUUCAGAUGAGAUCCAUUCGUGAGAGACGGCCACCUCGCGACCUUUUGCCCCAUGCUCUUCAAGAGCAAUUGCGAGCCCUCUGGGAUCGGCCACAUCUUCGGCAACGUUUUCCUGAUCGCUCUGAAGUGAUGCUCUUUGACACAUGGUUUCUCAGCAAUAGAGGAUUCCAUCGAUGCGAAGUUCCCAGGCUGGCAGCUCUACCUCCAGAUGUAAGCACGUGGAUCAGCCACCUCCGGCAUGUAUGGUCUGACAGAGUUGAUGCCAUGCACAUUGCAACACUUGUUCCAGUACAGCCAGGGACCUCAGAUCAGCGACAUGGAGGGCAUCUGAUUCUCCUGCAAGAUAUCCUACCUACACAAGCAGGCUGCCUUUUCAGCCGACAAGGUCCUGGCAGUCCUCAGGGACUACCAGUACGUUUUGCAGCCAUCUUUGAACAACCCAUGACAAUUGAGUCGUUUCUCACUCAGACUGAAAUGACUUAUCUAUGUGGACAGCCUCAGGUUAUUUGCAGAUUGGCUUGGGUGGGAUUUUAUCUACAGCCUGGCUUCUCGGUGCACAUCCUUUCGGGCACACAUCUUCAAUUGUCAGUUGACACCAUGAACAUUGGGUAUUCUAGCCAAGACAAUGAGGACAUCGUCAUGAUGCUUCAACAGCCCCAUGUGCGCCCAACAGGUGAGCAGGUGGCUCAUACUCACCGGCCAUGGGGUCAACAGACACGACCACUUCAAUGUAAACUACCUGAAGGCGGAGUUGCAUCAGACAGGAUCUACACCACUGACCAGCAGCCAGAUCAACAGCCUCCAGAACAUCCGGAGGGUUUCAUUGAGCUCAGACUUGGAGAUGUCAACCAAUGCCUCACAGAGUUACGAGGUAUUUGGGAACAUCAGACCAUUGAAGCUGAAGGUCAUCUACAAGUCAUGACCUGGUAUGCUGACACAGAACGCUGGCCACGUUGCCCAGAAGCUCGUGCUGUCCAGCUGCCCAGUGAUUUGUCCCAAUGGAUGACUCGGCUCAUUGAAGCUUGGGACGAUCGAGCAGAUCCAGAUGAAGUCUUCCAUCUUCAUAUGAUUCAGCCACAGCCACAGACAACUUUCUGGGAAGAUCAUCCAGCACCACACGUUUUGGUGAUCCAGCAACCAAUGCCAGAUCGACGAAGUCUCCAUUUUACUGCUUCCAACACAGAAAGAUCUACCUCCCAACCUUUGCAAUUCGUUGACACUCUUGCGCACCCAGCGACGCAGAGCAGCGUUUUACAGGCAGCAGGAUGGGAUGAUCAACUUGGACUCCUACAUCACAUUCAGUAUGAGAUUUGGUGGGGAAAUGACAUCAUCAUGCAGGAAGGCUUUGCACAUCUUCGUAAUGGCAAUGCGCUCACUGUGAUUGCGCGACAUCUCGAUGACAACAGCCCACAUUCUUCCAUAGCUUCAGCAGAUGCCACGGAAAAUCAUGUAUCCCUGCUGCAGAUCCAGGCAGUUCGUCAACCAGUCCAACUCACCUUGGAAAACCUACUGCCCAUUGAGGAGGAGGAGAUUGACUACCAGACUGCGGAGACAGCAACAGUGGCCAUUCGCCUCAUCAAGGGUGCAGAGAUAGCGAAAGUGAUGACUGAAGUUGACCUGAUGAGCUUUUUGUACGACUGUGGUUAUUGGAGAGCAUCCAUCCAAUCAGUAGAGUCUCUUGCGCCGGGGCUUUUCCGUGUCCAGUUCCUGAAUGUGCAAGUUCAACAAGUCCAACACACCAUUUGCAGCCGAGCCAAACCAGCAUGGCCGGUCUGCACCCACCUGAUUGGAGCACGAGGGCCUUACUUUACUCCAACAACUGAUGUAGCUGGCGAUGAUUGUGUCAUUGGUCUGGGCAUUGCUCUUUAUGACUUCAUGAAACUUUUCACGUCCGCAGACGACAUCUUAUGCCGAGAUCCAGCAGGACACGAUUUUCCAGAAGUGACCAAGGCAGCUCUCAAGAUGAGUGCAUCUAUGUGCCUUGAUGACUAUGAUCGCAUCAUUGUGUACACAGAUGGAUCUUCCAAGGCGAAGGACAGGCACGGACCGCCAAUCUGGAAUGACGAGCGAGGCCAUGGAGAUUCCUGGGCUUUCGUUGUGGUAGGGGAGACCCUGACUGAUGAAGAGCACAAAGUCGAAGUAUUAGGCAACUUUCAUUUGAGUGCUGGCACGGCCAAUGUCACCUCGCUCUACAAUGGACCAUGGGGUCAUGCUGGGAAGACUGACUAUCUGAGGUUGAUGGAGUGCUACGGCUUGGUUCAGGUUCUGCAAAAGGACACUAUGGCACUGAACUAUGGGCGACCACGUGAUGAUUACGUAGUCUUCAAAGAUGGCUUCUUAUCCAAUGAGAACACGCCUCUCUUGCAAGACUUUUUGACGGAACAUGACCUUUGCCUCCCAGACAUUGAGUCCCAUGUUGAUGAGUUCAAUCAUCACCUUCUCCAUGGAGUUGCCAACCAUUGUCCACAACCACAACGGGCCCCGAAGAAACCCAUCUUCACAGCAGAGCUCUGGCAAUUACGGGAGACAAAGUUAGCCACCAAGAAAGCGCUCAAGGACAUCUCCAAGCGACAGAAACAAGAGAUGUUACUGUUCUGCUUUUCAGCUCUUCGAUCUCGAACUGCUAUCUCCGUGGAUGGUGGCUUCUUCUGGCAAUACGACACAUGGUUGCUGUGCAGCCGGGUCCGAGCAUACUGCAAGUUCCACUGCAGUGCCAACCAAUUGCGAGGAAGACUUCAGCAUGCCAAAUAUGGGCAGCUCAAAGACAUUUUGAGUGGCAUGACUGCUACCACACCUGCAGCGAACAUUUUGCACGAAGUCAAGAACCUCAUUGGUCCAACAAAUCUCAAGAAGGUCAAGGCCACAACCCUGCCCUAUGUGAGGAAUCAUCAAGGACAAGUUUGUCAGAGUCCUACCGAAGCCCUGGACACCUGGAUAUCCUUUUUCCAAACGAUGGAAGGAGACUGCUGGGCGGAUUUCAUCUUCAGCUUCCUCUGGGCACGUCUUUUACAUGAGUUGGCGGAUGAGCUCAAACCCCUUGACAUUCUGGACUCCAUCCCCCAACAUGGUGGACUCAGAUGUGAAGGGAUUGCCGCAGACCCAGAAGACACUGAGAUGACUGGUCGAGAUGAUUAUCUUGGACCCACUUGGAUGGACGACUCCUGUUUUUGCUUUGCUGCCACUGACCCAUUGACGCUUGAGAGAAAGGCGGCCAAUUUGUGCGGCUUGCUCAUACAGAGAUCCCAGUCCUAUGCAAUGACGCCCAAUCUCCAACCGGGGAAGACAGCUGCGCUCUUGGUCUUUCAAGGUCAUGGUGCAGCAGCUGCCAGGAAGCGAUUCUUUGGCCCUCAAACGGACUCCAGUCUUCCAGUUUUACUUGAAGGAGGCGUUCAACGAGUGCAGGUGGUUGCCUCCUAUGUGCACCUGGGAAGCCUCCUGCACCAUCGGGGGGACAUGCGACAAGAAGCACGACGCCGGUUCAGCAUCGCUCAAGGAGCUUUCCAACACCACAGGAAAGUCCUCUAUCAAAACAAACAGCUGCCUCUUCAGCGGCGAGCAGAACUCUUCCGCACACUCAUCUUGAGUAAGUUUGUGUACGGAUGCGACUCCUGGACGCUCAUGGAGAAGCACACUCGACAUUAUGUGCAUACCUCAUUGAUGAAGCUCUACCGACGUCUACUUCCUCAGGCAUAUAUCAAAUUGUACAGCGAUGAAGAAGUUUUGCAGCUGACUGGCCUAUCAGAUCCGUCUGAUUUGUUCCGACAGCAACGGUUGCGACAUUUGGGGGCCCUCUACUCCUGUUCUGACUCAGUUCCUUGGGGGCUUCUCAAUGCAGAUACGGAAUGGACGCAGUUGGUGAGGAGCGACCUUGAGUGGAUGUGGUAUCAACUUCGAUCCUCAUCCAAGCUUCCGGAUCCGCAUCACCACUUUGGUGCGUGGGUCAGUCUCAUGAAAGACCACCGGCGCUACUGGAAGAAGUUAGUACGUCGAGCUGGUGAUCAUGCAGCAGCACAAAGAGACAAUCUUUUCUCAGUGACUCAAUUCCACAGAGCCAUUUUGCAACAACUUCAUCAAGCACAAUGCCUUGUACAAGGACCACCGUCAGAAGUGCGCACAUUGGCAGGGCCGGCUUAUGGUUGUAUGCAAUGUCAAAGGAAGUUUGCAUCUCGAGGUGGGUGUGGAGCGCACAUGUUCAGAGCACAUGGACACAUUCACCCAGUCCGACGCCUAUUUGACACGACGCAGUGUGGAUGUUGCCUUCGAGAAUUUCACAGCUAUGGCAGGUUGAAAGCUCAUCUAAUUCGAGCAGACUACUGCCGACACAGCCUUCAGAGGCGCAAUCAUUAUGUGGUUCCAGCGGCAGGCAUUGGAUCCAGUGAGAACGACCACCAAGAACGAAUCCUGGAUGGACUUCUCCCUCCUCUACCUGGCCAUGGACCUCAUUUACCUCAAGGGCGACAUGGAGUGGCCUUGGACUAUAAUUUGAUCAUUUUUGAAGAGAUCUACAUGCGCAUGCUCGAGGUCACUUCGGUUGCUGAAGGCGAAGCUGUACUGAGAGCGGUUGCUUCAGAGAUUCCUACCACUUGGGAAGACUUCCGCCAGACGCUGCAAGCCUUGGUGCGUGAGGCCACUCCCGAAGAUACGGCAGUACUGGGUAUCAGUGCAGAGGAUUUCUUUGGUAUCUUGCGUAGAUUUAGCCUUGAAGCGCAGUGGUCUUUCCUUUGUGAAGAAACCGAAAUCGUAACUGAACAUUGGCAUCGAGAAUUGCACGUCUUGGAAGAUUUCUGCACUACGGAAGCGCAGACGACUCAUUCACGUCAGGGACAUGCAGGAGUUCCACGGGGCUUUGGAGCAGUUCGCUACGUGUUGCACGCAUUUUCCGGCAGACGCGCAAUUCAUGCUCGAUGGGUGGUAGCCAUUAUUGGCGGUCCUCCUUGCGAGACCUGGUCGCAGGCCAGGGAACGCUCCAUCGCAGAUCAUGCUUUUGCCCCAAGAGUUUUGCGCGUCCCGGAGACUCCGUGGGGCCAUCCUUCACUCCGUUUGAAGGAACUGAGGCAGAUCCGCGUGGGCAAUGACCUCAUGGGCUUCAUCUUGGAAGCGGUCGUCAUGCUCUAUUGCGUUGGUGGUGUGGCAGCGCUUGAGCACCCGGCAGCGCCGACCUCUGAGGAAUCUGUUUCCAUUUGGCGGACACCGAUUUUGGCCUUGCUUUUGUCUCUGCCAGGCAUUGAACUUGUUUCAUUGGCACAGGGUCUUUGGGGUGCAAAUCCCCCAAGUUCAACGUCUUUUUUGCUUGUGAAUGCGCCUGACAUGAGACAAGCACUGCGCAAGUGGCAGAUUACCCGAGAGUUACCAAAGGGUAUCUCUAUCGGAAGGGACCAAGCUGGAGGCUGGUCCACCUCAGUUUUGAAGGAAUACCCGCCAUCCCUGAACGGAGGCUUGGCUGAAGGUAUCCUGGCUGCUAUAGGACAGUGCGCGAGUGACCCAUCUGUCACUGUUCCGAUUAGCUUUGCGGACCGCUGUGCCUCCAUGAUGUGUGCAGAAUAUGGAGAACACAUCGGUCCAGACUAUGCCGGCUGA